UGCUAAAAGCCAACCAUCUUUUGUGGAGGAAGCUUGCGUUGGGCUUCAAUAAUUUUAUGGGUCGGUGAUCACCACAUGCACUUUUGGAAGGCUGGUGUAGAUAGAGUACUCCUUGAUCUUCUUCUAGAAGAUUAUCCCAAAAUUCAAAAAAUGCAGCGUGAGUCCUCCUUGAAUGAUCUGAUAAUUAUUGUGCGGGAGAGCCAUGAAGCAAAUUUUCUAGUUACCUACAGACCAUAUGUAUGGGAUAUUCUUGGUGGACUUGCGGCUAAUUAUGCAGGAAAUAUCAAUCAUAAGGUGCAAGGGAAUGAACUCCAACUUAAUGUCCUCAUAAUAUGUGCAUGCUUGUCCUUCGCAAACUCAGUUCUGACAUUACGCCGAGUCUCUCAAUAUGGUCUCACAUAUAUGAGGGAGUCUGAAUCAGCAAGUAGGGCGGUUCAUAUGAUGCUUUAUUCUCCUUGCAAAUGGAUUGCAUCCUCAGCCAGGUCCAUACUACACGAAGUACUUAGGCUGGAUGCCAAGGAUUAUGUUGAAUACUUACUGAACAUUCUAAAUGCGAGAUUGACUGGUAGCAUGUUUGGUCUUCCAGGAAACCUUGAGAUUAUGGUCAGCUUGAUUAGUUUGGCAAGUUAUUGUAGCCUACCUGCAUAUCGGGAACUCAUAAUUAAAUUCCAAGGGGUGAAGACUGUGCUGGCCUUCAUACUAUGGUGGUUAAACAAUCCUGUCCGUGUCAAAAGAGCUGCUUUGGUGUCAUUUUUACGUGAUCCAUUCAGUGAUAGGAGUUGUUGUGUUUUUGGCAUAGAAGAUUGGGAAGGGGAAGAUGUGCUUUUGAUUUUUAGCUUGUGGAUCCUUGCUGAGUUGUUACAUCAUUUUACUUUUUUGAAAGUUCAUCCCUUUGAAAACCAGAUAGAAUUUUCUGAAUCCCAGUUGAUUGAGGAAUUGGAAGCUAUAUGCAGAAACCAUAGUGCUCAUGGUUCAAGAUGGUAUGCUGCAUAUGUGCUUAGCUAUUUUGGACUAUAUGGGUUACCAAGUACUUUGGGGAAGAGAAUUGGGAAAUCCCUUGGGGCGAGAGAUCAUUCUGAUGUAAAUCUAGUUCUUGUUAAUGAGGAAUCUGUCCAUGUUCAUGAAGUAAUUCUCGCUGUAAGAUGUCUAUCAUUACUUCCUCCUGGGACAGCAGUUCCUGAUGAGAAGUCAUCCAAUGGAGCGAGCACAGAAUUGGAUAUUGAGAGAAACAUUACAAAGGCAGUCCAUCUCUCUGCUCAAGUGGAUCAGCAAUCAUUGUUGAAGUUGCUGGAGUAUGUUUACUCAGGUUAUUUACAAGCUGAAGAAGGCCAUGUCAGAAAGCUUAAAGUUAUCUCCAGGCAUUGUAAACUGGAACCUUUAGUGCAAAUGCUUUCUAAAAGAAACCCGAAAUGGGGUAUCCCUUUACCAAGCUUUGAUCCGAGUCCUGCUCUUAGGCCAGGUGGACAACAUUAUUCGUAAGUACCAUUACCUCAGUUAAUGACCAUAGGCUUUUGCAUGCUAGUUGAUUGGAUAUUGGGCCAUGUUUCAGAAGGUCAUGUGGCCUUGUGAAUUCUUGAUCUGCUUGUUAUGCAUCAGUGUUGUGAAAAUCGCGCUCGGGGCGCGCGGCGCUCAAAGCGAGCCUGUAAUUGCCCCGAUGCGGCGGGGUCGUGCGAGAUCCGUGGAGCGACGGUGGGGCGCGCCUGGGUCGCCGUGGAGCGCCUGGGUCGUCUGUCAAAUGUGGGGGAAUUCGAAUUCGAGCAUCAAGUUUGAUCAAAAAUGCAAUCACGAUAAGCAGAGGCUGAGGCAAGCAAUCAAUUACGCAACCAAGCAAUUCAAUGGCCAGCUGAAGAUGGCGGCGCCGAGUGGGUUGAACGGCGUCGUUCGUUGUCGCGGUGGAGUUGAUUUAGGGAGGAAAUGGAUUGAUUUAGGCGAUUGGCAUUUUCGUUAAUUGUUUCUUUAGUGGACGGCAAUUUCUACAA